AUGGGAUUCUUCUGGGGACUUGGCCCGUCGACUCUUCUCCUGGCGUUGUGGCUGUGCGGGUCGUGUUGCUGGGCACGCUCGGAUGCUCCUCGCGGGGUCGCGUUGGGCUUUGUUUUUGACCCGAAAGCGAUUUGCCAGCCGCCGUGCCAGCACGCCGGAGUUUGCAUCCGCAACAACACUUGCCUCUGCAGCCGCGGCUACGAGGGAGAAAACUGCCAGUAUGCUAACUGCUAUCCCAAAUGCAAGAACGGAGGACUGUGUCUUCGUCCUGGAAAAUGCAGGUGUCCAUCCGGCUUCGGUGGGAGAUAUUGCCACAAAGUGACAUGUGACGACGGCUGCUGGAACGGAGGCGAAUGCAACGCCGUCAAUGGUGUAGCCAAGUGCAUCUGUCCUUCCAGCUGGACGGGCUCCAGAUGCCAAGAAGCCAUUUGUCCCCAAGGCUGUAAGAACGGGGGGCUUUGUAUGGCCCCUGGAAUUUGCAGCUGUCCUGAAGGCUGGCUGGGAGGUGCCUGCCACAUUGCUGAGUGCACUUUACCGUGCCUGAACGGAGGAAAAUGUAUUUCCCCCAACAAAUGCCGCUGUCGUCCCUCCUUCUCGGGCCCUCGCUGCGAAGAGAGGAAGAGGCGCCACUAG